AUGGCCAGUUGGAGGAAAUCGGCAGGUAAUGUUAGAUCCUUUGUCGGAAACUUAACCGGAGGUUUAAGGGGUGGAAGCAAUUUGGCAUCUUGGGUUGUCGCCGGUACUUUAGCUUACUUUCUCUGGGUCAAGCCAUCUCAGGAACUCAAGAGACAGCAACAGGAAAAGGCGGCUGCAUCAGAUGCUUAUCGUUAUGUUGAGAAGCGAAAACCCAUUCCUGAUCCGCAGGAAACUGGAUUGAUAUACGGUAACAAGAACAAAGCUAAAAGGGCUGAAGAAUAGAGAAUUCCAUGCCAUUCUGUAAGUUAGCUUGCAUAAUGAAUGCUCAGGGAAUUGUAAAUCCUUAUGGAGUUACUGCUGCUCAUUGGCGUAUAGGGAGCUUAUAUAAUUAUACUUCUGAACUCAUUUUUUUAUGGGGGCAAAUAAUUAUCUAUACCUAGAAAAGAAAAUCUUGUAAGCUUUAAGUUUUUGUGGAUAUAAUGUAGCAUGUAUUUUGUUUUUUGUU